GCAGCUACAGUAAGAAUAAAGAAACUGGAAGAAAACAUUGAAGCAGAGAGAGCAGCACAUUUGAAAUCCAAAUUCAAUUCAGAGAUCAUCCAGUUAAGAGUUCGAGACCUUGAAGGAGCUUUGCAGGUGGAAAAAGCCAGCCAAGCAGAAGCGCUUUCGGAUUUAGAAAUGAUCAAGAAAGAGUUCAAAGAAGUAGAAAAUGCAUAUGAGAGAGAAAAGCACAAUGCCCAAGAGAAUUUGGAAAAACUGAAUGUAUUAGAAAGAGAGUGUUUCUCCGCAAGCAAGCAAACAAAUAAGAAGAUUGAGGUAAAGAAGAAGGUAAUUAAAGACCUUUCUGAGAGACUAGAGAACAAUGAAGAAACCUGCAGAGAGUUACAGGAGGAACUUGCAAUGGCCAAGAAACACCAGGUCUUUUUAACAGAGACGUAUGAAAACAACAUGAGAGAGCUGGAGUUACUCUUGGACAGCUUUGCUAUGUCAGGCCAGCGGACAGCAGGCACUUGUAAGGACAAAGAUAAACCUCCGAGCUUCUCUGUCCUUGAGACUUUGAGGUGUACCUUGACAGCUUACCAGAACAAGCUGGAAGAUAUGUCUAAUGAGCUUGGGAAAAUGAGAGCUCUGUGUGAAAACAUGACAGAAGAACUCAAGAUAUACAAAGAGAAAAUGUAUGCUUUAAGUCAAGAUCUUAAGGAAGCUCAGGAUAACCUGGCUGAUGCCAAUAAAGAGUUAAAUUGUCUGCGCACUAAGUGUGCAGACAGAGAGACUUUAAUAGGAACUUUAAAAAUGGAGCUACAGAAUGUACAGCAAUGCUGGGAGAAGGAGAAAGUACGUGCCACAGAAUCUGAAAUUGAAAUCCAGAAGCUUACCAGGGCUUACCAGAACGAUGUGGAGGAGAAGCUAACCUUCCUCCAUAACUUAUACCAGCAUUUGGUAGCGGGCUGUGUGCUUAUAAAACAACCAGAAGGCAUCCUAGAUAGAUUCUCUUGGUCUGAGCUUUGUGCAGUCUUGCAGGAGAAUGUUGAUGCCCUGAUCUUAGACCUCAACAGGGCUAAUGAGAAGAUAUCUCACCUAGAAGAUGUUUGUAAGAACAAGUCUGAAACUAUGAAGGAGCUUCAGCAGACUCAGGAAGAUAUUUUUAGCAAAAUGGCUGAACAGAGGAAAACACAGGAAAAUUGUUGGCAGAAACAAAAAAAGUAUCUGGAACAGCAGUGCUCAGGUCUCCUUGGGGAAGUUCAAGCAAGGGCACAGGAAUACCAAGAAACAGCAGAGAAAAACAAAGAAAAAAUUGAUGUCCUUGAAAAAAGACAAGAGAAAUUGGCCUUUGAAAAUGUUUCUGUGAAAAAUACAUUAAUGCAGGUUCAGAAGGAGCAUUCAUCUCUCCUGGCAGCCUGUGCGCUAUUGGCAGGGGGCCCGUAUUCUCAAAAAAAACUCUAUGGCCGAUCAUGUGCUCUGUCUUCCCAGAGAGACCUUCUCCAGAAUCAGGUCAACAUUUAUGAACUAGUGAAUCAGAAGAUUAGGACCCUAGUUCAUGCUCUCUCUGAUGUAGAGGAAAACAAUCAAGAUGGUGCAAAACUGAAGAAAAGAAAAUUCAGAGGCCUCAUUCAUGUAUUCCGAAGAGGUGUAAUUGCAGUUUUGGCAGCAAACAGACUUAAAGUUUUAUCCCAGUCUUCUAGCUCCCUCUUCUCCUGGGUAAAUGGCUUCAAAGAAGGCAUUGGAAUUCUAGUUUGUAUAGGAGACUUCAAAGGCAAGCGUAAUCUGUCAAGUCAUGAAGAGGAACAAAUUCACUGUGUUGAAGCACUCAGUUGGUUUACUAGUUCAAGGCUCCUUUCUGCAAUAAUCAGUUCUGUCACUGAAUUACAGGAUGUUAUUAAAAAAACAGAUGCAAAGCCCUGGCUUUCUGAACGCUUACUUGUAAGUGCAGCCAGGAACUCCUUUUCAAAACUUAUGGACAAGCUGAAUGUAAUAAUGGAGCCUGUUCCACAAGACAGCAGCAAGAAUGUUAUUUAUCUGGAGAAAGACUCUUUGGUACAGAGGCUGGCUCACGGACUUAAUAAAAUAAAUACCCAGGCCCUGGACACUGGAUUGUGUGACAGACUACCCAUUAUGAAAAACAUAGCAUCCUUGCAGAAACAAAUACUUGAAUUUACACAAAGACUUCAUAUAGCAGAGGUGGAACGUCGCUCCCUGCGCCUAAAACUUGCAGAAUUCAAAUGGAAUUUCAGUGAGAUGAAAAAAGAAGCUGACAAAGCCCAGAGCCUUCAAGAGCAAUUAAAUAUGUUUAAGCAAUCUAAAUUGAUCACCCAUGAGAGGUUUGAAAGUGCAUAUGAAGAACUGAAUAAUGCAUUACUUCGGGAGCAUCAGGCACAAGUGCUUUUGAAUGAACAGGCGCAACAGCUACAGGAGUUAAAUAAUAAACUGAAAUUGCUCUCCAGUGAAGAAGCAGAUAAAAACCAAGUCUUAAGUGAAACUGUAAAGAGACUCUCAGAGGCAAAAGUGGAGCUGAGAAGAAAAGAUCAAUCUCUGCGUCAGCUCAAUAGACUUCUUACCCAGCUGGAGCAGGACAAGCAUCGGCUGAAAGAGAGCAUCCAUGAUGCAGAGAGUGCCCUCUGCAUGGCAGCGAAAGAUAAAGAAUUGAUUAUUGGUCAAUCUGUGGAAGCCACUCUUCAUAAGGUCAGAGAUCAGACCUUGCUGUCACAAACUGUGGCAACCAGGAAUGACUUCACCCUGCAGCUACCCAAACUGCACCUAGAGACCUUUGCAGUGGAAAGGCUGAAGGGCAGGCCAGAGGUUGUAGCAUUUCAGGCCGUGAUUAAAAGUUUUAUGGAUGUCUACCAGCUUGCAAGUUCCAGAAUUGAGUUAGUGAGAGAAACAGCAUCUCAUCAGCUUCACACUGCAGCCCUGAAGUCCAAGCUCCAAACAGCUUGUGUUCGUGAAAGUGAGAGCUUACAAUUGGUAAGUCUUGGAAGUACUUCCCUGGCAGUGACUAGCUGUGCACAUGAUCU